AGACGUGACGAGUCGGUUGAGUUGAGCGCCAGAGCUCCGCGUGGUCAGUUGCUUGAUUGGUUGGUCAGUUUGUCGGUAAAUUAUUUAAGAGGAUCUACGACUUCAGGAUAGAAAGGACGAUGGCACUGUUUCGUUUUAGUUCCAAACGAUGUCUCGAAUUACAGAAAUUGACAAGCACGGUUACGAGCUCUGUGGUCGUUCGAUCGUUAGCCGAUGCUUCGACCGACCUUAAGAAAGUCUUAUCCGAGAAGAUACCCAAGGAGCAAGAACGCAUAAAAGCCUUUCGCAAGAAUCAUGGCUCUACCAAAGUUGGAGAAGUCACCGUUGAUAUGAUGUACGGUGGGAUGCGCGGUAUAAAAGGAUUAGUCUGGGAGCCCUCCGUACUCGAUCCAGAAGAAGGUAUUAGAUUUCGUGGUAAGUCGAUCCCGGAAUGCCAAAAGGUCCUUCCGAAGGCUUCAGGAGGCGCUGAACCACUACCGGAAGGUCUUUUCUGGCUUCUUAUAACCGGAGACGUUCCAACCGACGCCCAAGUCAAAGCGAUCUCGCAGGAAUGGGCAGCUAGGAGUGCGUUGCCGAAGCACGUAGUCACGGCCUUGAACAGUUUUCCAAAGAGUCUGCAUCCUAUGACGCAAUUCUCAGCGGCCAUCACUAUAUUGAACAGCGAGAGUGAAUUCGUGAAAGCGUACAACAAGGGAGUCCAUAAGAGCAAGUAUUGGGAAACGAUUUACGAGGAUUCUAUGAAUGUAAUCGCCAAAUUGCCUGUCAUUGCCGCUACGAUAUAUCGAAACAUUUAUAAAGACGGCAAAGGUUUGGGUUCCGUCGAUACGGGCAAAGAUUGGUCUUGGAAUUUCGCAAACAUGCUCGGUUACGACAAUCCUCAGUUCAUAGAACUCAUGAGACUCUACCUAACCAUCCAUUCCGAUCACGAGGGUGGUAACGUUUCGGCGCAUACUACUCACUUGGUAGGCUCGGCAUUGUCCGACCCUUAUCUGUCCUUUGCCGCCGGCAUGAACGGUUUGGCCGGGCCCCUUCACGGUUUGGCAAACCAAGAGGUCUUGGUAUGGUUGGAAAAAUUACGUUCCCAAGUAGGAGAUAGUCCUAGCGACGAGAAGCUCAAAGAUUUCAUUUGGAAUACAUUGAAGAGUGGCCAAGUGGUGCCUGGUUACGGGCACGCUGUACUCAGGAAGACCGAUCCCAGAUAUACGUGUCAGAGGGAAUUUGCGUUGAAACACUUGCCCGACGAUUCCCUCUUCAAGCUAGUCGCUCAAGUCUACAAGAUCGUACCUCCUAUUCUUCUUGAAACUGGAAAAGUGAAGAAUCCAUGGCCAAACGUAGACGCCCAUUCGGGAGUACUUUUGCAAUACUACGGUAUGAAGGAAAUGAACUAUUACACCGUUCUCUUUGGAGUAUCGCGCGCUUUGGGCGUCCUAGCCUCCUUGGUUUGGGAUCGUGCUCUUGGUUUACCCAUCGAAAGGCCCAAAUCUUUGAGCACCGAUCUACUAAUGAAGGCUGUUAAGGCAUAAAAUGGAGAUCCGUGUUUGCGCGCAACGUUUCAGUAUCAUUAAAGACACCUUAAGAUCAAAUCUGCCGACACCGACCGUCACAUCGGUGUCUAUAUACGAGCCUUGGCGAUGAAAAUCGACCGAUUCGACGAACGAACGAGCGAGCGAGUGAGUGAGUGAGCGAGCGAGCGAGAGAGAGAGAGAGAGAGAGAGAGAGAGAGAGAGAGAGAGAGAGAGAGAGAGAAAAAGCUCUACGAGUCAGUUUUAACUUCAUUUUGAUACGACCCCGAGGGAAUCAUUUUUAAUUAAGCCGCUUAACGGAUGGACCUAACGGAUGUAUUAAAAGCUACGAAAGAGAACGAAUCAUCUCACGCGAUGUCGAUUUUACAAAAGGACACUAGCCGCAUUUUCUUAGACUCAAGUGCGGCUUGCGUCUUUCCGCUUUUCGAGCAUCGUGAAAUAAAAAAAAAAAUACGUAUAAUUGGAAAUGAACGUACGUAAUAACUGCCGAAUGAAGAAAAAAUAUGAAAAACGGCAGUUUCUUAGGUAAUAGAUAUAUGUAAAUAGUUGCCGCUUGAUAUUCACAUGAUAAUAACAUGGAAUAAAACCAGAUACUAAUUAUAGUAUCUAUACAGAGAUAAAAGGCGGUAAAUCCAAUAUCGAAAGAUAACUGAGCGUUUCAAUUAAAGAAAUAAUCAACGCAAUAUUAGAUACAGCAUAGUAGCGCAUAGCGCUUAUUGUUAAAAGAACAUGAUCGUCAUCGUCGUUGUCAUCGUCCGAUAAUUCAAUGAACACUGCCCAAAAUUACGCGCGUUUUUAUUUUUUAGAAUCUUAUAAUACACCUCUUGAUUGAUAUAAAUAUUAAAUUCCUUGUCUCUCAUUUUUCAAAGGACAAAAACAAUAUUAGUUGGUAUAUUAGUUAGCGGUAAUAUGUAUGUACAAGAUGCUACAUAUCGUUACAAUGUCUUACAAUUAGAGAUGCACAUAUUAUUUCACUUGCUCAGGAAGUUCAAGUAUGUCGCGAUAUUUUCACUACCUAAUAGUCUCCGUAACAGAAAACACUUACAAGGCUAACUAUAUACUUAAUUAAAUAUCGUUCAAAGUGCUUAUUAUGGCACAGGUUGUUGGUUUUAGAUUUUCUCAAACAUACUAAUAAAAUUUAAUCGGUCUUAUACCGAGCCAGUACGAGAUAUGCGUAAAUUAAGAAGGAUGACCAGUGGUAGAUCCACUGUUAUGAGGAUGUAUGAGUGUGUGCGAUUCUUUAUUUAUAAUAAACAUGAAAAUAAAUAGAUAUUUAAAAAUAA